AUGGUCCGCAAAUUAAAACACCACGAGCAGAAAUUACUUCGGAAAGUUGAUUUUACCACUUACAAAAGUGACAACAACCACCGAGAUGCGGCAGUGAUACGGCGGUACAACAUCCAGAAACCAGCGGACUAUCAGAAAUACAACAGAUUAGCUAAUAGCUUAAAACAAAUUGCCCAUCGCCUCGCGGCCCUCCCGCCAGACUCGCCUUUCCGGCUCAAGCACGAAGCGCUUCUACUCGAAAAGCUCAAUGACAUGGGCAUUCUUCCUAACACGGCGACCAGUGCGAAGCUCUCCGAUGUGGAAAGGAGUGUCACGGUCUCGGCUUUCUGUCGUCGGCGUUUGCCAGUAAUAUUGACGAGGUUGAGAAUGAGCGAGACUAUCCAGGCUGCCACAAAGAUCAUUGAGCAGGGCCAUGUACGUGUAGGCACGGAGACCAUCACAGAUACUGCAUUCUUGGUCACGCGCAACAUGGAGGACUUCGUUACAUGGGUGGAUGGGAGUAAGAUUAAGAGGAAUAUCCUUAAGUAUAGGGAUAAGUUGGACGAUUUCGACUUACUAUAA